AUGAAUGAGAUUGUGCACGCAAUAAAUUCAAUUCAUAAAAUAUUGAAAUCUCCAUCUGAACAUCCGCUUUCACAUCGAAACAGAUCUCAACUAGUCGAUAUUCUUAACAUUUUAAAUCUAUUUAUUAAUUCGAAUUCACCAAGACAAGAAUGGAUUCGAUUGAUUUGUCGACAGUUAAACCGUUUGACGAAUUAUAAUCAUUUAAUUUCAAGUAAAAUUUGGAUUCAAUCUUAUGACGAUAUCUUUUAUGUACAAGACAAAGCAAAUGGCGAACAAGGUGAUCCAGGUAGUGCAAAAACUAGUCUCCUCCGAUGGAUUACAUGUGUUUUUGCUAGAUCAAUUCUUAAUGGUCAUGCACAAGUAGUUUUAGAAGGAGAUGAUUGUAUUCCAGUUCGUAUUCCGAUUUUAAUUCGAAUUGGUGAAUUUGCAACAUGGCUUAAGCAAUAUCCAACAAAGACAUUAAUAGAUUAUAUUGGAGAGCAUACAUGGGAUUCAAAACGUUAUUGUCAUGAUGAUAAUAAAAAUGUAUUGAAAGAGUUGAUAAAUCAUGGUCAUACUUUAAUCCUUCUAGAUGGACUUGAUGAGAUUACUGAAGUUGGACAAAAAGGAGAAAUUGUUGAUCUUGUUAGAAAAUUUGUUGAUGAAUAUGUUCGUGGACCUGAUUUUAUCUCGGCAUUCGAUGAUAGAAUGUUUUACGGAACACCAUUAGAUUAUUGUUAUCAUACAAUUGUUGAAACACAGCCACCGAGUAUACCUGGUGGUAAUCAGAUAAUUAUUACAAGUCGUAUUAUCGGUUACCAAUUGCAUCCACUUAUUGGUACCUUCAUUCAUCACUAUGCAUUUUUAUUAAUGAAUUAUAAUGAAGCAAAAGAAUUUGUAAAGAAAUGGUUAUCACAAAUUGAGAAAAGUAUACUUGAAAUAUUAUUGAAUGAAGGAAUUAAUCUUGAUCGAAAAUUAAUGAAAGUUCUAUCGAAGAGACGAUAUAAUAUUGUAAAAGUAUUGCUUGAAAAUAGUUCAGAAUUAUUAUCAAAUCCUUCUUUGUUAUCAUUGAUUUGUACAUUUAUUUUUCAAUCAUUCGAUAAAUUUAAUCCAAAAUCUCGAGUUGAAGUUUAUAAUUAUGCUGUUCAAGUAACAUUACAUUCUUGGAAAAGUUAUGAAUCAAACAUUCCAGAAAGAGUAUUAACUAAUUUUUUGAUUGAUCUUGCUUGUUAUCUUCAUUUAAAUUCACCAUCUGGUCUUAUAGAUGAAUUUGAUAUGAAAAAAUUAUGCUAUUUAAUCUUACAACAACAAGGUCUAUCAUAUGAUCAUAAAAUAUUACAUGAAUACGUCCAUAAGUUAACAUCUUUACUUGACUUUAACAUUGGUAUUUUUGCUGAACGAGGUUUACAAAUAUAUGGAUUUCUUCAUUUAUCAUUUCAAGAUUACUUUGUUGCUCAUUCACUUAUAAAAGGUUCACCCGAUGAGGUUGCAAAACGUAUUCUUACAAUCACUAUUCAUUCUCGUUUUCAUGAAUCACUUCUUCUUGCUAUUGGUUGGAUUAGUUGGAAAUGGUCAUUUGAUGAUUAUGACAUAUUUUGUAAUUUACUUGUUACUUUACCUACACAAUAUUCAAUUCCAUUUGGAACAAUUCUCUUUUUUGAUGCUUUCAAUGAUAUACAAAGAUUACCUUCAAAUUCA